AUUGGUGAAAAAAAUUAAUAAUUGAGCUCUGGAAGAGAUGAAACGGAACCGUGGAUUUUUGAUGACAGCCAUGGAGAGAACAAGAAAUUGCGUCGAUAUCAGCAUCAUUCUCACGGAGAGAAAAUUCAAAAAGCGCGCGGUUUAUUAAAAAUGACAGCGCGUAAAUCGGCGGGUACUAAAACUCGAUAUCGUUGAUCACUUAAUUGACUCUGGUAUUUUUCAUUCGAUUUGAGAUAAAAUUUAUGAAUUUUUCAAAUUUUAGGAGGGAAAAAGAAUUUCGAUAAUUCUGGUAAUGACACGAGAAAUUUUGCGGAGUUAACGCGGAUUGAAUUCGGAGUGAAUUUGAAUUCGGAGUGACUACGAAGCGGGUGACUAUUUAAUCUCGGAGUGAAGUUCACUUUGAAAGAGUUUAUUUUAGUAUUAAAACUUUGAAUCGGAACAAACUCCCAAUUUACUCCGUAUACUGAAUGAUUUUUUUUUAAACUGCGGAACUCCGAGUGACGAAGAGAAUUCGGAUUUAAAUAAAAUCUGUAUCCACUCAAAAUUCACUCCCGAUUUUUCGCAGCGCAGAAUCUGACUAAUUAAUUGCAAUGUAAGUCGAAGCAUUUUUUUAUUUUUAAAAAAUUUGGUAAUAAAAUUCAAAAAUUCCCGAGAGUUUUCAAAAACCAAAAUACUUACUAGUGCCUCCUGCAGCACUACGUCGUUACUAAAAAGCCUGUGUGGCGGUAGAAUUGUGUAGUAAAAUCUAGAUUUUACCAUUUUGGCAGGCGCCCAUACGACUUGGAGAUAUUUUUAAUUUUGACGCGCGUAUAAAGUCUUGAGUUGAUCGGCUAGUUUAUUUAGUCACUAAUAAUAAAUCCAGAUACACAGUACAGUUCUAAUCAACAACAAAAAUUAUGGAAUCACAAAAUACCCCAGGAAUCGUAUCAACAUCAACCUACAGUAUUCUUCAUAAUGAUAAAAUUGGAAGAUAUAUGGUCGCGAAUAAAGAUCUGGAGGCUGGUGAAGAAAUUUUGUCUGAAACUCCAUUCGUAGUUGGACCAAAAGCGUCGACAUAUCCGCUCUGCUUGUCCUGCUACACUUCCUGGCCCCAAGGUCCAGAGCAGCCUUUGUGCUCUAGAUGCAGCUGGCCGGUUUGUAACGAAGACUGUGCUAACGCCGCGGUUCACAAAGACUACGAGUGCCCGAUAUUUGCUGCCGUGGGUGAAAAGUUCAACGUAUCUGCGGCUCUAGAAGAAGCCAAUGUCACUAGUGUACCUCAGCUAGAGUGUGUGACCCCUCUGCGGUUGCUACUUGCAUCGGAAAAAUUCCCCGAGAGAUGGGAAAAAGAAGUCAAAAUUAUGGAGGCUCAUAAUCAGAAGAGAUGCGUCAAAAAGCAGUGGAAAACUGACCACGUUAACAUCGUCGCCUACCUAAGGGACCGUUUGAAACUCGACAGAUUCUCCGACGAAAUGAUUCAGACGGCCUGUGGAAUUUUGGAAAUAAAUUCCCAUGAAAUUAAAACGCCAAUGGGGUUCUCUGCUCGCGCUUUGUAUCCAACGGUUGCUGUUAUGAGCCACUCCUGCGUAUCAAAUACCAGCCACAGUGUGUGCACUAGUGACUACAAGGUGGUUUUGAGAACGACACUCAAAGUUCCUAAAGGCAAAGAACUUUUUGGAAGUUACACCCACAGUUUAUUGCCAACAUUGAUGAGAAGAGAAAAUUUAUUAGAAGGAAAACAUUUUUCUUGUGCCUGCGCUCGAUGUUCGGAUCCAACAGAACUGGGAACUCACAUGUCGUCACUCAAAUGCAAUAAAUGUGACAAUGGAGUCGUACUUCCUCUCGAUUCUUUAGACGCAGAGAGUAGUUGGAAGUGUACUCACUGCGAGUUCACAACAUCUGGAGCAGCUGUCAAAAAAGUAUUUGACGUAAUAAACACAGAGGUAGAAGCCGCGGAAACCUACAACUCGCUAGACGGUGGGGAUGCUGUGCACAUUCGCGAGAAUGUUAUGAAAAAAUACCACUCUGUCCUACAUCCGCGGCACGCAUUUCUCACGAUCCUCCGGAUGUCUCUGUCUCAACUUUACGGGCGGGUCGAAGAGUACAAUCUCGAUGACCUGCCGGACAUCGUUCUCGAGCAUAAAAUCGACAUCUGCAGACUACUACUCCAAGUGCUGGAUGUCAUUGAACCAGGAUACACUAGAGCAAGAGCCUUAACACUCUACGAGCUUCACGCUCCAUUACUUUUCAUAGCAAAGUCUCAAUGGAACGCCGGUGUGAUAGACGAGGCUGCGUUGAAAUCAAAAAUGACCGAAGCCGCGAGUAUUCUCAAAGAGGCGGUGACCAUUUUAAAUUUUGAACCAUCGGACACAAUGGAAGGACAGCUUGCGGUUGUUGCCAAAGAAUCGUUAACGCAAUUAGAAGAGUCAAUAAAUAAUUUAUAUCAGUCAAGUCUACUAACGGUUUCUAUUUUAGAACCAACUUGUGGAAUAAGGGAAAUGCAUUUUCAGCCGUACUGUGUUUCAAGUGGGGUUCUAAUUUUAAAUAACUCUCAAUUUUUUUGUUCCGUCAACAAAAUGCGUAUUGAAGAAAUAAAAAAUGAUUUAAUUAUCAAAUACAAAGAAUCUCGGUCAGAAAAACUCGGCAGAUAUUUAGUUUCGGCUAAAAAAUUAUCUUCUGGUGAAGUAAUUUUACGCGAUAACCCAGUAGUUGUUGGUGCGGCGUCUUUCAAUGAAAAUUAUCUGUGUUUCUCAUGUUUCCGGGUGAUAAGAACUUCGAGUAUCAGUUUGUCGUGCGGAAAAUGCAAGGUUGCGAUCUUCUGUUCGACUGCUUGUGAGACACGGAAAUCUUUCCAUACGGCGGAAGAAUGUCAGUUGCUGCAGGAUAAGCUGACUGGUGACUCGAUAAAUCAAUUGGAUGUCAAAGGAAUUUUGCUACCGCUCAGGUUGUGGCUGAUUAAAGAAAGUAACCCGGAGUUGUGGGACAAAAUCAUGAAACUGGAAGCUCAUUUGGACGAAAGACGGAACACUGAAGUGUGGAAAGAGCGCCAGGAAGAAAUCGUCGACGUUUUGAAGUCGUUUAAAUUUACUGAAGAGAGUGACGAAGUAAUCCAGCGACUAUGUGGUAUCAUCGAUGUUAAUUCUUUCGAGUUGCGUUCUCCAGGAACUCUGGAUUCCGCUCUACGAGGACUUUAUGUAGAGGCUGCUCUGAUGGCUCAUGAUUGCCGUGGAAAUACUCAUAUUACUGUAGACGAUGAUUUCCAACUCACUGUCUACGCAAGUCGACCUAUCGAAGAGGGCGAACCGAUACUUUUUAAUUAUACUUCUUCAUUACUUGGUACUGCAGAAAGACGAGAACAUUUGAGAAAAGGAAAAUAUUUUGAGUGCGAAUGCCCAAUGUGUGAAGAUCCAGAAGAACUUGGCGCUAAUCUCAGUACCAUUUAUUGUCCGCGAUGUAAAGAAGGAUUUAUUGUAUACGAAGGCAAGUCGGAAAUAAAUCCUUAUUUGAAAGAAAAAAAUUGGAAAUGCAAAAAAUGUCUGCGAUGUUAUUCUGGAUCGUUAAUUAAAACCACUUUAGAAUUAACUAAGACACGAAUUGAUGAAGCUGAUGGUUCUCGGGUCAAGGAGUUGGAAAAUCUAUUGAAUAAUUUAUCGUCUAUGAUGCACACGAAUCAUUUUCUCAUCAUGAGUUUGAAGCAAAAAUUAUUAGCUUUGUACCGAAAAGAAAUAACUUGUCUGAAUCCUAAGAAAAAAACUUUACAGCGCAUGAUGAAACUCUGCAAAGAAAUAUUACAAGUUUUAGAAAUUGUCGAGCCUGGAAUUUCCCGACUGAAGGGUAUACUGCUGUAUGAAAUCCAUCUACCGAUUGUAAUAAUAGCGAAUAAAGACUACGCGUCUAGAGAAAUAACAUCUGAAGAACUGGCAGAACGUCUUGAAGAAGCUGAAAGUUAUUUGAAAAAAUCACUGAGCAUGUUGUUGAUCGAGCCUGCGUCUACUCCCGAAGGCAUUUUAGCAAAACGUGCGCUUAAAGAAUACAAAUCAUUGAGAUUAAAUCUUGAUGACGUCAGAUCAUUGCCACCGUCACCACAGUCCAAAAAAAUUGAUUUUGAACUGAUGAAAAAACGUAGAAAUAGAAAAAAUAAAUGAAUAUUGUUUGUUGUAAAAUAAAUAUUUAAUCGGGGUAGAGGUGCCAUUUUUAGCCACUGCUCCAUUUUUUGACACUUAAUACUUUAUUUUAAUUAAUAAAUAAGCCCGAGUCAAAAUAUUAGACGUAAAUUGAAUGUUUUUAACGUAAAUUGAACGUUCUUAAUGCUUUGAACGUAUAUGAACAUUUAAAAUGAAGGUUCAACGUUUCUAUAGUACCCGAAAUGUAACUUCGUCUCACGAAUCUAAUAAAAUUUUAAUGAAACCUACUAAAAAAAGGUCAUAAAAGUGACCUUGGAUUGUUCGAAUGCUACGUAGGUAUUUCUAAGACGUUAAAAACGUUCAAUUUACGUCUAAUAUUUUGACUCGGGAGUAUUAAAAAAAUUAAUUGUCAUUGUGAAUUUUUAAAAUUAUUUUAUUAAAAUUUUUUAAGUGUCUAAAACUGACCCUAUAGUGGACAAAAACGCUUUUACUCUACAUUUAAUUCAAAAUGUCAAUAAAUAAAAAUCUGGUUCUGUUAUGAAAUAAAAAAAAACUAUAUAUUAU